AUGGAGGAAACCACAUCUCCUAGGUCUUCAUCCAUGCUGUAUGGGUGCCUCAUCAACCAUGUUGCCCUGCCUCCAUGUCUUCCAGGCAAGCAGGAGGAGAACAUUAUCCAGAUCGAACAUGAGCUGCUCGUGCGUUUGCAGGAUGCUGCCCGCGUCUUGCAGGAUCAGUCUAAUGCUGGGCUGGGUGACAUCUGGGAUCGUGUUCAUUACAUCCUGGAGAUAUGCAAAACUGCAAAUGCUCGCAGGAAGUUGGAUAAGGCUCGCCUACUUGCUGAGUUCCGAAAGUUACAGCGCCACAGACCUCUAAUCUUGCAUGUCACCGAGCAGAAUGCGGGGCUCCUUGUUUGGCGUCAGCGUUGUGGCUUGGACGAAGUAGUUGUUUUCGAAUGCUUUGAGGCUGCUGCUUCUUCGGAAAAAGUGCUUGCUUCGGAGAAUGCUCUGUCAUGGGAUUUUCCUGGUGAGGCUGUCGCUAUUCCAUAUGAAAAAUUUGACAAUACCCAAUUCCAACGUAGCCUUGCCGGCUUCUUGGAACAGGCCAGCACCGAGUCGGUUAAACGCUUCACUGCCCGUGCUACAAAAGCCGGAUCUUCCACAAUAGAAUUCCGAGAUACCGUUAAUCCGGCUUUGGUCACCCAGAUGUUUAUGACCUUGCUUGAAGCAAACGGUAGCCGUGUUUUCCCUCCUUUAUUGAGGAAACGUAUCCGUGACGAUGUUUGUUGGGCCGCCGGUGGCGAAAAGCCGUGGAGGCGCUCUGCAUUUUGGCUCAUUCUCCGCGUUGGAAUUGAGCGAUACUUGUGCUCCGGCUACGACGAUGGAAUAACGAGAAUCGAGAACGAAACGACGUUAAAGAUGCAAAAUAGAGAGGUAGGAAGGGUUUAUUAUAAAUUUCUACUUUGCGUUUUAAUUUCGCGUCUUAUCGAUGACUCCCUUGGUCAAAUAGCCUCUGAGUCUCUAGCAUUAUUGAGGAGUAAACUAGCCCGUCGUCUUUCAAAAUUGCAAAUGGAGCAGAGCGAAUCGUUGCCCCAUGUGCAAGCUAUAAGUGAGCAGUUGUUCGCUAGCGUAUCCGCUCGGUUUCAUCGGUCCAUCCAAGCAUCUGUCACCCAUCUCGAAAAUAUUUGGUCGGAGGUGAAAAUUAGCACGAGACGCCUGAUUCCGAACUUGCCACGACGUGCAACCCGCCAAUCGUGCACUUUAUCGCUUCGUAAAAGUGCACAAUAUUUGGAGAAUGUGAUGUCGUAUCAUCAGCAGUCGAUCAGAUUCGCGAAAUAUAACCAGCAAACCAAACCUUCUACCAUGAUUGAGGCACCCUGUGAGAAUCAUUUCAGGGUAUUCGCAGAACGUUAUUACCGGCUGUCGGAGCUUGAAGCAUCGAAUGACAAAUUAUGCAUUGCAGGACCAGAAAAUGAAAGCUUGCAAAAUCGUCGGUGUUUGCAACUUGCAGCGCGUAUUGAAGAAUAUCUCGAGAAAGUAUCUUGUGCAUACGAUAAUAGCCCCGAACAAAAGAGUAUCAUGAUUCUCAGCACCAUUAGGCUAUGGGUCGCCCUUGAUCAAUGUACCACUAAGUUGUUCAACUUGCUCGAGGAUUUUCACCCCGGCAUAACUCCUGACACAUUGGAUAUCCUGCAAUUGCCUCUGUUUUCAGACAUGGUGCAUCUCCAAAACGUUCAAGUUUAUCUUCGAGCGCGAUGCGACAACGCUUCCUCCAGGACUAUCUUCGAUGCACCCGCCGCAGGGUGCUUUGCCGAGAGAUAUUAUGACGAGUCAGUGGAUUCUAGAAAAUUACAGGAUCUACACCUGCGAAUCGAGGCCAAAGCUCGGAUCGACCUUCAGAAGAAGGAGACGGAAUGGCAGAGAUUAAGUGCUGAGUUUGAAGAAUUGGAAAGGAGUAUUGCGAGGAGCAACUGUGUCUUCAAGUCAAAUGAGUCUGGAGCAAUCACUCAUGAUGAUAAACUAUGUCGGAAAUGCUAUCUCCAACGCCGCUCUAGGCGCAUGCGGAUUCAAAUUCAUGAACACCCACUUCCAACAAAGUUCCCUGAAGCAAAAGCUGUUAUUUUUGAGCUUGCUUGCCCUAGUUCCUUUAAAGCCUAUCGCAACGCAACUUGGCGGUUAUUACGCACACUAGGGCUUCCUGACCAGCCGCAUUUGCCUACACCCAAACUGUUGCUUGAUGAUUAUUCUGGGCUAAAGCGAUAUGGUAAUCGGGGCUCGGAUGGUGUAUGCCUUGCCUCUACGACUAAGCCAUUUUUGAAAACACACUACAAAGGGAUGCGAUUCCCUCUGACUCUGGACGCUGUAUGUCUCCCUAAUGGCUUGAGGCUUACAUAUUUCGAUACUUUGUCCAAUAUUUGGAUCAGCAGGCAAUUCCAAUCACUCAAUCUUUCUCACCAUUUUCGGAUGAAUUUACAUUCAGCUUCAGCCUUUUCUUCUGUUGGGCUCUCUGUUGGUUCAAGCUUUCCUUCAUCGUACGAGGUCAUAGCGAGCCAGACGCGAUGUCCCCCAAGACUGAAUGUGCAUGAAUUUAUGGCAUACAAGGGGCUUUUUUCGGGAAAUAGCAGACGUUGGCCCUCAAUUCUUGUUGAACUCGGCUCUGCCAAUCUGAAUCUAAGCACCGAGGCUACCACUCUACUAAUAUCUCAACUGGCAAUCCAAGCAGGCCCUGCUGAUGAAGGAACUUUUCUUCGGGUUGCCCACAAGAUUUUUGAGGAUGUCUCAUUUUGUCGGCAGUUGAUUGGACAGGUAUCUCAGCGCUUAGACAAUAUCGCUUCGAAUUGGAGAGAGACCAAUUGCAUGGAUAUGCUCUUAACGCUUCUUCUCAGGCUUUGUUCUAUUGCACCACACUCUAUUUACAAGGAAAGCUUAAGCGUCAUUUUAAAGGUCCGGUCAUUUACGUCGCAGUGGAUCGUCCAGCUGCGGCAUGAAAUUUACCAAUCCACGGAUGCCGCCGCGGCGGAACGGUUUGCCGUAUACGCCUUUUGGGCAGCACUGCUCUGCAGAAGGACGUUCUCGGUCCACAUUGACGGUAUUGAAACCAACACUAUAGGAGUCGAUGACCUUCAAUGUUUCAUAGAUGCAUCAAUCACAAUGCAAGACAACGCUCCGAGCGACUUCAGCCAACUGCCAUCAUUAACCAAAAACGCACUUAUUAGGGACUUAAAAAUGGUAUAUAGAAUGCGGUCGCUCUUUCGCGAAUCCCUUGCAAAGGCACCUCGGGCAUUUUACCAAGCAAUGGAUUCACUUUGGCCGCAAGCCGAAGGCACUGCUCCUAGAUGUUACGCCAAUUUUGAAAUUUUGGACCCCUCCCAUGAAUGGGUUAGUUUGACAGUUUCUCCCACGCAAAAUGCAAGACAGCAAACGAUACACUACCAUCUACUCGAGGGUCAUUUGAUUGUGGAUGGCCAACCUUUAGGGAAACUACCAGCGAAGCACCGAAAGUCUGUGGUUCUGGAACAAUUGUUUGGCGAGCAAAGGUUGCUCAUUUAUCCUUCUUCUCUUUUCGGCAUGACUUACAUGCUUGCAUUCCCAAUGAACGGACACGAAAUCCAUUUUGGAUUCCGCGAUACGGAUCUGAUCGUUCAAGCAAGAGUGCGAGGCACCAUUCUCGAGUACAUCCCUCCUGCGAUCUUUGGUGACCUUCAAAAUUUCGAUCUGCCUGGUCCGCUAAUAGCGAAUUGUGUGCACUGGCUAGAUUUAAACUCCGGGAUAAUGGAGGUUAGACGUCGUCCAGAUAUAUGGAAAUCGAAAAGCAGUCAUUGGUGUGUUAGUAUCCGUUCCCGCGAGGCAUGGCGCCAGAAAAGAUACAAUCGCCCGGGAAGUUUGCUCAUUGACCCACACAGCGGCUUAUUUCAACUCGUUGCACAAGUGUUCGACCAUUUCGAAUAUCGGCACGGCUUAACGGUCUUUCAACCUCCGAAGGGCCAUCUUUCAGUUGAAUUACGUCGCUUAGAAUUAUCCUUCACCGUGAAUCUUGGAGGCUUGCUUCAGUGCCGGCAACUGCAGGCAGAAGUCGACCCUAAUCAAGAUGCAGGGACGUGGUAUGGUUUGGAGAGCAAGCUCAUCCUUCGAGAUGUUUCUAACCCUUCGCGUCGUAUCAUUCUUGUUCCUAUGGGAGAAAUUCACACUAUCCGCAAUGGUGCUCAUGUUGCAAUCAGAGUUGAGAAUCAAGGGAUUUAUGGUAGGUUUACAAUAAACGACGUGCUUGGGCGGAUUGACUGCCCUUCUGAGCUGUGGCAGCUGUACCACAAAGCGCUACUUCAUGCAUGUACUUCGUUCGUCCUCCCGGAUCCUCUCACAUGGCGUACCGGUACGGAAGAAGCAAUGCACUGUUUACGGUCAGCUUCCUGUCAGCCAUGGACCACACUUAACUUAACUCAAGUUAGGACUUUGGAAGCCAUUUCCAGGUUAAUUCCGAAAAGGACUUAUUAUCCAAGUGGUUUAAAAACCAUGCAACAAGUGACAUGGAAUCGAAAUUUAACGCCUACCAUCCAGAAUGAUGGACUCUGGCAUGCGAUUGAAAACAUUCUUAGAAAAGCAAAGGUUUUAGCUUCAUUUUCACUGCAAGAAGAAAGCGAAAUGCUCAACAUCGAGCCGCCAAGCAACUCCUUUCUCUUAAACCGUGCUUGCUGGAGGCGCCACUUGUACCAGCGUGCUGAUUCGGGCUUCCCACAGCUAGACUCGCCUGUCGAUCUGCAAUAUGAAGCCCGUGACAAAUUUGUCCAUGGUCAAUCCCGGGUAAAUGUGUUUGAGUGCGUUACUAUGAUUAGCCGCUGGUCUUCGGAUAUGUGCGCAUCCAUGGAUUUGGCCGAUAUUUUUCAAACAUGGACCACAAUCGGAGGAUUUAACUUGUCGUUUGACAAAUUUUUACUCUCAGACCUGCUUGAUGUUGAAUUCAGUAUGCUUUGGGGACCACUUGUUAAUUUUUGUCGUACGGUUGGGUCGAACGACAGAUACCACCUAAUGUUCAUAUUCGGUACAAUGUCAUUUAAAGCGGAUGUCAAUAUGGACAUCAUCCGAACACUACUUUCCUUUGCGGUCAUUGAAGAUCUGAAAGCGCUCGAUCCACCGCAGUGGCCGAACUACGCGCAUUUCAGCUUUCAGCAGCUUCCAACUAUCCCUUACCUUAAACAGUUAAUAAAACCAUUCAGCACCCAAUACAAAGGCGACGAAAGAAGGCUAUUUAAUCUGAGCAAUAAGACACGGCGUAGACUUGAAAGACUCCAGCACGAACACGAGUCUCAGGUCGAGAACGAGUGCACCCUGAUUGCAGAAUGUCUUAUAAAACAAUGGCCAUGUCGUGAGCCGAAUACUAAUAGUAUUCCAUCGACAUUGCUUGUGGACGUUCCCGGCGCACUGGCCGCUGUGCGCCCUGAGUGGCUCCGCUUAUUUCAAAACAUGGAGCUUUCCGAUUAUCUGGAAAAGGUCCAGGUUAUUUUGAACCAGCAUCGUGCUCCAGGGCGUUUCAGACCCCCGCUUAACCAUUCAGAUAUUUAUCAGUUAAUCGAUCCCAAGUAUCGAGGUUCAGUAAUUCCUACUCUCUCGGAUAAUUUGUUCUGUCAGGACUUCCCCGGCGUGCCAGAGCAUGCCCUUCUAAUGCCCCUAAGCAGACCUAGAACAGAAACGGGUCCUACCACCUCUGGUAAAUCCCAAUCACCGCAGAUGAAUGAAACGGGGCCAUACAUACUCAAGGAGAUCGGCUGCAGUAGCGAAUCUUUGAUUGAGAUUAAUGAGCUUACAGACAUUGUCCGACGAUUUGAGAUUUCGGAUUCCAUGGUACAAAAACGAUAUUGCUUGGACAUGAUGCAGAGUAUUCAGGCUCUAAAGAGUUGUGCUAUUUCCCGGAAACCCGGCAAUGAAGGCUCGACAGAGAUGCAAGCGUGCAAACCCGACUUCCUAAGAAAUAAAGUCCAUGAGCUGUUUGACAAAAUCAAUCAGAUUUUAGAGCGCCUAGACCGACGUUCCACCUGGCUUAAAGAAGGAGGCUUAUGGCCAUGUGUUACUCCGGUAACACUGCUUGAACAAUUGCGUUCCUGCUCAACAGUAAGAUUUGGAAACCAUAUGAAAGAAAUUUUGACAGCAUUCGCGGUAUCUAUCGUGGAUUUGCAGCGCAUUCUUAGAAUAGAAGAUGCGCGGUUCAAACAAAACCAUCAGCGAUGGGUUGACGAAAAGAACAAUGUUCCUCAUGUCAACUGGGAUCCGCUAAAGCAUCCCGAUUGGGUAUUGCUUGAAAUAGAGGCAGAUAUCUCAAUUCGACCGGACCAGGUGGAUGUUGCCCUUGCUGCUGAGCUGGCAGAUACGACAAGGCUUGUAAGACUCGUGGUUCCAAAAGCCUUACUGACCCAAACAGCUCAGCUACUUCAUGCGAGACUUGGUGGUUUGGUUGGCCGCGAAAUCAGGCAUGUGCCAUUUUCCCGCAAAACACCUACUAACCCAGAUAUGAUAAAGCAAUAUUUUGAUAUUCACAGGGAAAUUCAACAUAAGUCAGGUGUUAUUAUCACGCUUCCCGAACAUAUCCUUUCUUUUAAGUUGAGUGGACUGCAAAGAUUAUCGGAUUCACGCAUUGCCGAAGCAAAUGCAAUGAUCAAAGUUCAGGGUUGGAUGCAGAGAACCUGUCGUGAUGUACUCGACGAGUGCGACUUCACGCUUGCGACAAGAACCCAGCUCAUAUAUCCUUCUGGCUCGCAAACUGCUGUGGACGGCAAUCCCUUCCGAUGGGAAACGGCUCAAGAACUGCUUCGCUUAGUCGCUGGACAUUUAUGGAAUUUACAGCGAGACUUUCCACAAAGUAUCGAAGUCAUUCCUAGGCCCACUAAAGGCGGGUUUCCAGUUGUAUAUUUCCUGAGAAGAGACGCAGAGGAUGAGUUAAUUACACGCUUGGUGAAGGACAUCAUGAAAGGCCAAACUUCCAUAUUGCCUAUAAAUAAUUAUAAUCCCCAAGACCGCCUGGCUAUUAGGUUAUUCAUAUCCAAUGUACAUGUCCAGCGAGCAAUUACAGAGACGAUUGGCAAAAUCUUUCCAGGAAAUUCAGCCGCAAGGAAAAAUAUAUAUCUUCUUAGGGGUUUAUUCGUCCAUCGAAUUCUUCUUUUGACAUUGAAGAAGCGGUGGAACGUCCAGUACGGGCUCCAUCCUAACAGAGACCCUAUUGCCGUUCCAUUCAUCGCGAAAGGCGUCCCAUCGGAACAAGCAGAAUGGGGUCAUCCAGAUGUUGCUAUUCUUUUCACAUGUUUAGCAUUUUAUUUUGGCGGACUCGCCCAAGCCCAACUCAGGCAGAACUUUGAACAUUUAGUAAAAUCGGAUGACCCGUCAAGCGAAUAUGAUCGAUGGACGCAUUCUUCCGACACCUUGCCUGACAUCCUCCGCGAAUGGAGCGUUAUUGAAACUGACGACGAAGCACAGCUGAAUGAAUUGUGGACGCACCUUCGAUAUCAGACGGUCGUUAUCGAUUACUUUUUGAAUCAUUUCGUGUUCCCUAAGCAUGCAAAACAAUUCCAAGUCAAACUCCAGGCAUCUGGAUGGGACAUCCCUCUCUUCUCCGUUGGGGGUCAGACCUCGGCGUUGACAAGUGGCUUCAGCGGUACGAACGACAAUCGUACUUUGCUUCCAUUGAAUAUCAAGCAACGGGACCUCCCUAUGCUUUCACAUACCAAUGCUGAAGUGCUUACCUACUUGCUACAGCCCCGAAAUCGCACAUAUGUAGUGGCCGCAGAUUCUACCACCGGGAAACGGUUAUCUGAAACCGAGCUUCUUAAAUCUCUUUGUGAGAAGAAAAUCAGAAUGCUAAUCGAUUCUGGGGCCCAAAUUUUAGAGAUGGAUAAUCAAAGUUUGGCAAAGGUGUGGUUACAAAUCGACCAUGAGGCCCCGGCCGUCUUGUACUUCGACUCGGACAAUAAACCGUUCAUCCUUUACCGAAACGGUUCUGGAACGCCCCUUUUGGCAUCACCGUACGCUGAUAAUCUAGCUGAUUGUCUCGUAUACCUUGAUGAAGCGCAUACUCGAGGAACCGAUUUGAAAAUGCCUACUGCCGCCGUUGCCGCCUUGACACUGGGUUUAGGGCAAACCAAGGACCACACCGUACAAGCUGCAAUGAGAUUGCGCCAGCUCGCUACCACACAAUCAGUUGUGUUUUUCGCGCCCCCCGAGGUACAUCAAAGCAUUUUGGAUUUGCAGGGAAAACAAAACGGGGACCAUGUUGAUUCAAACGAUGUUGUCUGUUGGCUUCUUAAGCAGACUUGCAUGGGUAUUGAGCAAAUGCAGCCACUGUACUAUUCCCAAGGCAUGGACUUUUGUCGUCGUGUACAGACGGGCGUGGACAAUCCUCAAUUUUUGGCCAAUUCGGCACAGCGACGAGCAUAUUGCAGCGUUCUUCGGCAAAACGAGAAGCAAACCCUGGAAGAGCUUUAUAAACCAGCAUCCAAAGUUAAGGCCGCGAAAUCAGGAACUUCCUAUGCAACGGAGAUUGCGGAAUUUGUCAAGGAUUUAGGGAGACGACGAAAGGAUUUCCAGGAUUUCGGUGGCGCAGUGCAUGGAUCAGCCUUACAGGAAGUUGAACAGGAGAGGGAAGUUGCGUUUGAAGUCGAGGCUGUCCGUGAAGUGCAAAAGCCCGUUCAUUAUGUGGCGCUAUCGUUCCCAGGUCUUCAUCCAGAUAUUGUCAAUUUUGCAACAACUGGUAGACUCUCCGGCUUUAAGGGUUUUCAGCAAGCAUUCAUCGCCCUUCAAGAUACUGCACUAGGGAAGAAGCAUGGGAUCACUCUGCAAGCCACGUUAUCAAAGUUGUUCUUUUCAAAGGAGUUUAUGAGGACGGUGAAGUUGCCGCCAGGCUGCUCAAAUGAUAGCUUUCUUCGCCCUGUAAAUUGGGUCAUUUGGAGCUUUGAAUCUGAAGCGGCAAUGGUAGUGAUCCCGGAGGAGGCGGAACUAUUAAUCCCCAUGUUCCGGGAAUCCAAGACUCACUGCACACACUUGGCCACUUAUGCAGCACCAAUUACUCGAAAAAUGCUGCAUUUCAACAGCUUGAAUUAUUUCGCCAUGCCUUCUCUCCCCAGCGGCUGGAAACCACCCAAAUGGUUAACGAUUCAGCUAGGGAUACUUUCUGGGCGAGUUUAUUUCGAGUUUAAUGAGUAUGAGGAACUGUGUCAGUAUCUCGGUGUCACUGCGGCUAAUGAAGGGCUCGAUGAUUCCCUUGAUAUUCCGAUAUCUCCUGCACCUUCACGAUUCCCCAACGCACAUGAAGUAGAUAUCAUGGAAGCAAGUUCUAGAACCGCAAAGAAGUCAAGUUUCACUGCCAAACCUUUGGUAUUCCUUCAAGAGUGGCUGAGCUUAAAGCGCCGCGGUCAGGAAUUUACACAUACGCCUAUGGGAUAUGUGUGCCAAGGGAAACCUUUGCACGAGGAUCAUCCUUUCUUUUCGAGAUCGCAGCCAGACGAUAGUUCCAGGGUGAAAGCAAGCCGGACAUAUAGGGGAUCAGGUAAAGCAAUACCAGCCUCGAAUGAAAUCGACGAAGACUUUGACUCGGAGUUGGAGGAUGAAAAUGAUGGAUACCUUGGAGUGGAGGAUUAUGGUGGUAGUGGCGCUGAUGAUGAUGGCAGUGAUACGACCUCGGAGGGCGAAAAUUAAAAGGUUUGCUGAUUGUUCUAGCCGCACCAUGUGUGGUUCGUCUAUACAUACAUAGCGAUAGGACUUAUCCGAUUUCACUCUUA